AUGUGUGCGUGGUAUAGAGGCCGCAAAAAUGUUGAAAAAACUCGUUUGACUGGUUUUGAAGGUGAUGUGGAGGCUGCAAGGGCUCAAACCCCUGCGGAUAUGGAUCUGCAUCAUUGGAAUGUUGUUAUUGACCACUUCUUAACAGAAAAGCAUAAAAAACGAUCCGCUGGAAACAAAGAAUGCCGGAAAAAGCAAUAUAACAUAUUUUGUAAUGUUAAACAUAAUUUGAAUAGACUUGAAGCAUUUCAUCAUGGGUAUGUGAAUAAAAAAGGGGAAUUUGUUGAUCAUUUGGUUGAAGACCAAUAUACUCAUCAAAUAGCCGACUCCAGUGGUGAUCCAGACACCAUUGAUUGGAUCGCAAUAUUUGAGAAGGUGUUGGGUACUCGAAGGGUGCAUAUGAGAGGCCUUCGGCCUAAACCUUCUUCAACAGCGGCUACAAGUGCUCAAUCCCAAUAA